AUGGUGAAGCCUUCCAAACAAUAUCAAUGCCAGCGAUGUUCCCGAACCUUUGCUCGGUUGGAACAUCUCCAACGCCAUGAUCGGUCGCACACCAAGGAAAAGCCGUAUCUCUGCACCCAAUGUCCCAAGUCGUUCACGCGAAAAGACCUCUUGGCCCGCCAUGAACGUCUGGCCCACAGUGACGCCGCUCCAGGCCAAGGAACAACAUCUUCGCCUUCCGUGGCAUCUCCCCAAGUCUUUGAUGGCCUUAAUGUCCUGGCCUCAGCAGUAACUGACCAUCCUACUCCUGCCACCAUACCAGGCCCACAGGCCAUACUCCCAGGUCCUCACGAGCAGUUUACGCCCGGCCUGGCUGCCUCAGUGCAGGGCCAUCCGAUAGCCACUUCCAAUCCAUCCGGACAAGGACCUCCAGGGUCCGCUGGCUUCAGUGAGCCAUUUGUCGGUUACGGACCGGCAACCUCUUAUGACGGUGAUGAUUUCACGACCUUCCUCGACAGUAUCCCGCUUCCCAGCCAUCCAUUCUCACCUACCUAUCAGCCCCUUCCACUAUUCCCCGCGUUCCACUUCGACUCCGCAUCAGAGUAUAGCCAACCUGUUGCGAAGACAAAUAACGAGGUUACGACCCCAUCCAGCUCCAUCCUUCCUAGACAUGGAACACAACUACCGUCGCUUCAGCCUGAAGGAGCUCACACCCCUUACAAGACCCGAGACCCGAGUGCACCUAUUUCGGUUACCGCGCAAUGCCGUGAUCGCAUCGUCGCCGAGUUAUCGAGUUACUCAAAUGUUGUCCCAAAUCCCUACACACCAUCUCGACAUGCUCUCUCCAGAUGCAUCAGCGCUUAUAUGACCAACUUUCACUGUCAUUAUCCUUUCAUGCAUCCACCCACCCUCGACGUUGAUUCAUUGCCUCUGCAUCUGAUCUUCGGUAUGGCUUCCGUGGGUGCCCAAUACUGCCGCGAACCCGAAACAAGCAUGAGCCUCUACAAAGUGGCCAAGGCUGUGACCCUUGAACAUGUCCGAAGGGACCUGCAAUGGGGAUGUUUAAGUCCGCAGACCGAGGGUCCGGUGGACCCGGUGUCAAGAGGCCAGGAUAUCAUUGAGACGGUGCAGGCGCUAUUGCUGCUUAUAUCUGUCUCGUGUUGGUUCGAGCGCGACCCCCCUCAUCACGAAGCAUUGUAUAUUCGAAGUUUCAUGGAGACUCUUCUUCGGCAAGGAGGACUCAAUGACUUACCGGCUCAAGAUGGGUCAUGGGAAAGCUGGAUCCGCUAUGAGAUGGUCAAACGGACAAAGCUUAUUGUGUUCUGUUUCUUUAGUGUCCACACGAUCGUAUUUGAUAUUCCGCCGCUGAUUCUAACCGAGGAGCUGACGCUGGACUUACCCUGCACCGAGCGAGAAUGGACAGCAACCAGCGCAGCUCAGUGGCUGGAAGAGCGCAGCCAGAGUCGUGGAGAACCAAAAUUACAGGAUGCGAUGAACUCAUUGUUCACUCACACCGGUGCAGCCAAGACCAGCUUGGACAGUUUCUCUUCUCUGGGAGGAUACGUGCUCAUCCACGCAAUGAUCCAGAACAUCUGGUUAAUUCAGAAGGCUAGCAGGCUCCCUGUCUCCAACGGAAGCUUUCUGUCUCCGUCCGUGAUCACAUCUUUAGAGCAAGCUCUGGAACUUUGGUGUCAAUGCUGGGAGCACAACCAAGAAUCCUCAAUCGAUCCUUUCAACCCCCAUGGUCCAGUGUCCUUCACGUCUACUGCCCUCCUCCGUCUGGCGUAUAUCCGAUUAAACGCUGAUUUCAGCUCCGCCCGUCGACUGGAAACAUGGAACCCGGAUGAGGUUGCCCGUUCGCUCAAGAAUAACCUAUCCGUACAGAGGAGCGACCGUCUCACUCGAGCUGCGUUACACUGCGCCCAUGCACUUAGUACGCCCAUUAAACUGGGCAUCAACUACGUCGCGCGUACCCUCGUCGUAUCAUGGUCAAACCAGUACGCGUUAUGCUCCUUGGAAUGUGCUGUGCUACUCGCCAAGUGGCUUGAGGUGGCAACGAUCCCGAAUCCAGAGCCGAGUUUGACUGAACAAGAAAACAAAUUACUGGAAUUCGUGCUGGAAAUGGUCAUGGAAGCUCAGCAUGGAGUAUCACGUGAUUGGCUGCUUGCGAAUAACACUCGUCUCAGUGCUACUGUCACCAGGUUAUGGGCCAGGCUGUUUACGGCAGAUUAUAUCUGGCAGUUGGUGAAUCUGAUUGGAAGUUCUCUUAACAGAUAUGCUGAUAUUCUAGAGAGUGAUGAGUGA